UGACAGCAUUGCCUGAGAUUUAUGAAAUAAAUGGAUUGUUCUGGAUGUGCUGCAGCAGGGGUCUCUGCCACCAGGAGGCGGCUGGGUGCUGAGGCGCCAUUAAAGCUUUUCUCCUUCGGCCCCUCCCUCCUCGCUCACUCCGGUCACGCUGUCACCAGUCGCCGGCUCCCGAGCCCUGACAGAAAAGCCUGUAAAAAUGAAGAUCUGGGCGUCAGAGCAUGUUUUCAACCACCCAUGGGAGACGGUGACCAAGGCCGCGAUGCAGAAAUACCCCAACCCUAUGAACCCCAGUGUGUUUGGUGUGGAUGUUCUGGACAGAACUGUGGACACAGAGGGACGGUUACACAGCACCAGACUGCUCAGCACAGAGUGGGGGCUGCCUGCCAUGGCUAAGUCUAUCAUUGGGGUAACAAGAACAUGCACUUAUGUUCAGGAGCAUUCGGUAGUGGACCCUAAAGAGAAGACCUUUGAGCUGAAAUCUACAAAUAUCUCCUUCACUAACCUGGUAUCUGUGGACGAGAAGUUGACAUACAAGCCACAUCCACAGGACCCUGAAAAGACAGUGCUGACACAAGAAGCUCUGAUCAGUGUGAAAGGUAUCAGUCUGAGCAGCUACCUCGAGGGACUCAUGGCCAAGACCAUCUCUGUCAACGCCGGCAAGGGUCGGGAGGCGAUGGAAUGGGUCAUCAGACGAUUAAACACAGAAAUCGAGGAGUUGGCAGCGACCGCUCGUGGUACGAUGCGUGUUCCCAUGGCAGCGGCUGUUGCAGACAAAUGAUCCCGGCCUACUCUACUGCUUCCUCCAUCAUCAUGAAGCGAUGGACUUCUCAGACUUUUCCCCUCAAAGGGGACCUCUCAUCUGCCAGCACAGCCUAAUAACCACAGCCCCAUCCUGGUAUGUUUGUUGUUGUGUGAAUGUCACAAGAACCCGCUGUUCGUCCCUCCUCAGCAGUUUGCACAGACGCGUGUGAUACUUGUCUCUGUGGGCAUUGACCUGAGUGUUGAGCUGAUGACAGUUUCAAAAAUAAAAAAAACAAACUGGGUUGAAUUGGACUGCACUUGAAGCUCAUAGGACUCAGUCUUGUGAUGUUAAAGCUCUUUUUUAAAAAUUCACACUGUGCCUCCACAUCAUCUCAUCAAUUUAAUUUCCUCUUUUCUAACCUUUCUCCCCUUCAUCCUCAAAUUUUCAUCUCUCUCUAAUCUUCUCUUUUUAUUGUUUCUAAAUCCUUGUAAACAAGUUGAGCACUGGUAACAGCUGAAAUGAAGCCACUUUCUCUAACCUUUUCUGGCCAGCCUUUCUUUGUACAGCAGAACUGACCAAAAUAUCUCAAAACCAAAACCCACCAAUGCAUACAAGCUGUACCAAAUAAUUUAGACUAUGUGUUACAAAUGGCAUCAGCUGUCUGUCUUGUGAUACUGAAGCAGCAGUUUUUUUUAAGUCAUAUACUAAGCAACCUAUAACCUUGAGAGAUUUUUUUAAAUGCCAGGAUUUUAGUCUUUCUGUCAUGGUGCAAGAAUCCAAACAAGGCAACUUCUUCUUCAUCUGUCCUCUUGUUGUCUGAACAGUUAAUUUAUAAUAAAGACUGGCGCAGCUCAGAGUCUUGACAGCCAGAUCUGUGCAGGUUAAGUGACCAGACAGGAAAACUACUUUGUGGGUGACUUGCAUGGUGCUGGAACACAAAUGGUGCCUGUCCAAGGUGGAAAAGGGAGUUUUAGCUUAAUUUACCUUUUGUACCUUUGAUGUAGAUGCAGGUCUGUCUGCUAAAGCUGUCGGCUCUGUGCACUGGUCCUCGGAGGUUGUAGUCUCCUCGGGUCAUUCUGAUCUAGUUUUGGCAAAAUGACUUGAUAACUUUGAGUUUUCCUUGUCUUUUUCAGUCUUUUCUCUUACACUGAUGAUGUGCUGUAGUUAAGUGUUACAGAUUAAGAACGUGCAUACAUGAACAUAAAUGUUAACUUAAAUUCAGCAUAAUUUUUCUAUUAAAGGGUUAGAGCUGAAGCAACAUGUUGGCAUUCACCACAGUGUUUGUGUUGUGAACGCUCACCAGUGUUUUAGGGGGAGCACUACAGGGUUACGUUCAGAAUCCUUGAGUGUGCCAAUGUAAAGCUAGAAAUAACCAAUUUAGUGCCCCAAAACACUUAGACACCAUAUUUAUGAUGCUAUUAUUUAUGAACAAAGCCACUCUGUAUGUGCUGACCAUUUCUUUCAUACUGUCUAUAGAUACAAUAUUUAUGGUAUAUUUGUAUUGGUGAACAUUGACAAAGGCUGUAUAAUUGUUUGAUUUUUAAAGCUGUUAGCUUGUGGCGUUUUGCAAGUGGCAGUGCAGUUUUGAUACUACAUUUUCAAGGCAUAUUCCAUGGAGGAAUCUGAAAUGCAACAUUAUUGCGUUGUAGGUGACAUCAUAACCCUUUACCUCACCACUCUUCCUCUUUUCUUCGCUCUAGACAUUGUAAUAAGGACAGUUGUACAAAUUAAAGUUUCCUUUGAAGAGGUUUGUGGUAGAACUGUUUUUCACUGAAGCUCAGCAGCAUCACGAGUCUUCCAAGAUGCUCCACAUUCAGUAUCUUGCUCCACUGUCACGCUGUCAGUCAGUUCAGUCUUAUUCACAAUUGCUUCCAGUUCAACUGAAUUUCUUUUUUAACCGCAUCUUUCAUAAUUAAUUUCGCAUCCCAUCAUGCAUAGUGCAGUUCAGGAUCAUUCUGUUUAAGGUCUGGUCUACUGCAAUCAGCCAGUCGGUAUCCACACAGCAUCUCCUUUCAUGAAUGAAGUGUGAUGUUUUUCUAUGGGGCAUAUUUUAAGAAGUGGCUGUAAAUAGGCUUAUAUUUAUAUUUUGGUUGUUACAUUCCAAGAAUGUGAACAUGUAACAGAAUCUGAAGAGUGCACACUGAAAUGUUUCAAAAUAAAGAGAUGUCACUGUUUCAUGAA